AAUAAAACAAAAAACAAAAAGAGAAAAUCAGGGGGAAGUGUCUGUCUCCUCCUAACAACAAAUGAUCAGAAGAGACUUGACCCUUUGGAUGGCUCAAGAGCUCCUCUCUUCCCUCUACAAAAAUGUCCGCACGUCUCCAACCUUCUCUCACCUCCUCCUUCCGCCAUGACUUCCUCUUCUCUCUCUCUCCAUUUCACCGCUCCUUCUCACACUCUCCUCCCGUCGAAACCCAGAAGAUCCGUCAUCGUCGCCGCACAGACCGCUCAUCCAGCGGAGUCCACCGCUUCUCCCACCGUAGACGCGGAUCGGCUCGAGCCGAGAGUUGAACUGAGAGAUGGGUUUUUCAUUCUCAAGGAAAAGUUUCGAAAAGGGAUCAACCCACAGGAGAAGGUUAAGAUCGAGAGCGAGCCGAUGAAGCUGUUCAUGGAGAAUGGGAUCGAAGAGCUCGCCAAGAAAUCUAUGGAAGAGAUCGACAGCGACAAGUCUUCUAAAGAAGAUGUUGAUGUUAGACUCAAGUGGCUUGGCUUGUUCCAUCGCCGGAAGCAUCACUAUGGUAAGUUUAUGAUGAGGUUGAAGUUACCCAACGGUGUGACCACAAGUGCACAGACGCGGUACCUAGCGAGUGUGAUCAGGAAGUACGGGGAAGAUGGAUGUGCUGAUGUGACAACAAGACAGAACUGGCAGAUCCGUGGUGUUGUCUUGCCUGAUGUCCCUGAGAUCUUGAAAGGCCUUGCUUCCGUUGGGUUGACGAGUCUCCAGAGUGGGAUGGAUAAUGUGAGGAACCCUGUUGGCAAUCCUAUAGCUGGGAUUGAUCCUGAUGAGAUUGUCGAUACAAGGCCUUACACCAAUCUUCUCUCGCAGUUCAUCACUGCCAAUUCCCGUGGAAACCCUGAUUUCACCAACUUGCCGAGAAAGUGGAAUGUGUGUGUUGUUGGGACGCAUGAUCUCUAUGAGCAUCCGCAUAUCAAUGAUCUUGCUUACAUGCCUGCUAAUAAAGAUGGCCGCUUCGGAUUCAAUGUGCUUGUGGGAGGAUUCUUUAGUCCUAAAAGAUGUGAAGAAGCUAUUCCCCUCGAUGCUUGGGUCCCUGCUGAGGAUGUUCUUCCACUCUGCAAAGCUGUUCUUGAAGCCUACAGAGAUCUUGGCACCAGAGGAAACCGACAGAAGACAAGAAUGAUGUGGCUCAUCGAUGAACUUGGCGUUGAAGGAUUUAGAGCUGAAGUAGAGAAGAGAAUGCCAAGCGGUAAGCUGGAGAGAGCAUCUUCGGAGGAUCUCGUGAACAAACAAUGGGAGAGGAGAGACUACUUCGGGGUCCACCCUCAGAAACAAGAAGGUCUUAGCUACGUUGGCCUUCACGUUCCGGUCGGUAGGCUACAAGCGGAUGACAUGGACGAGCUUGCUCGGUUAGCUGACGCCUACGGCACAGGCGAGCUCAGACUCACCGUAGAGCAAAACAUCAUCAUCCCGAACGUGGAAACCUCCAAAACCGAAGCUCUGCUUCAAGAACCGUUUCUCAAGAACAGGUUCUCCCCUGAGCCAUCUAUCUUGAUGAAAGGCUUGGUCGCUUGUACAGGGAACCAGUUUUGCGGACAAGCGAUAAUCGAGACCAAACUAAGAGCACUAAAAGUGACGGAAGAAGUGGAGAGACUUGUAGCUGUGCCGAAGCCAAUAAGGAUGCAUUGGACAGGAUGUCCCAACACUUGCGGACAAGUCCAAGUGGCUGAUAUCGGAUUCAUGGGAUGCUUGACACGUGGUGAGAACGGGAAGCCUGUCGAGGGUGCUGACGUGUACGUUGGGGGACGAAUAGGAAGCGACUCGCAUCUUGGAGAGAUUUAUAAGAAAGGUGUUCGUGUUACGGAGUUGGUUCCCUUGGUGGCUGAGAUUCUUAUCAAAGAAUUUGGUGCUGUGCCUAGAGAGAGAGAAGAUAAUGAAGAUUGAUUCAAAGCUUUUGGAUCUUUAAUAAGUUGAGGACAAUAAUUGUUCUCUCUCUCUCGUUUCAGACAUUGAUACUUUGUGUUUCUGCCCAUAAAAUUUGGGUUUUGUAGCUCUUCCUGUUGAAACUUGUAACUUGUUGUUGAUUGUUUUGUAAUAUCUUCUUUUUUAAUGUAGUUAUAAUUCCGAUGAUUUACCUUUCUGCUAUUAGCUUUAUAAACGAAAAGUUAUA